UUGUGUUCAGUUCAGAAACUACCUUUCUCCGAGUAACAUCAUCCAUCGGGAGGCAACCACCGUGUAUCAUCUCCAUCAUCGGUGGUUGAACACACAACAAGAAGAAAAAAGCAAAGAAAAAAUGGAACUUUAUUACAUUGUAACCCCAGUCGCUGCAAUCUUAUCCUGGCGAAGAAGUGCUUAAUUUUUGAAUCGAAAAACGGACAUAUUUCGUGGAAAAGCUUUAAAAAGUGAGAUUAGUCUAGUGAAUUUUGAUCGAAGAAAAAGUAACAUAUUACCUAUAUUGUAGCAUUGGAAAUCUUAGGAAAUCUAUCGUUAGUCAGUUUUUCCUUUCUAAAUCCGUUUGGUUCGUUUUUCAUGCGGUGGAACUGUUUUGAGCUUGCAACAGGGUGGAUUGGAUGAUAAAACUGAAAUGUAACUAGUGAAAGGCAAGGACAAAUGCGACAUUUUUGGAUUUUCUUCGAGGAACGUAAACCUGACUAGAGGAGGUCUUGGUGGAACGUCGGGAAAGGUUUCAACCAACGAAACGCAACCGAAGUCGCAAGCAAUUAGAAAGUGUACCCAAAAUUUGGAAAAUCAUCCGGGAAAAUCCGUCAAUCGGGAAAAUUGAUUUGGUCAGUGCCAGAGGAAGAAAAAUUGAAUGAAAAUUUUCCUCAUCCGUACCAGUGUGUGAGUGUGUGAGAACAAGAGAACGAAAGAGAAAAGUGCGUACAUCAUAAGCAAGGAGUCCCAUAUGUGACCGUGUGGUGAGAGAGAAGGACUAUCCUAACAUUGGAGGCAGGUCCGUGCACUCCCGUGAAUGGUUUGUUGUCACUUUUGGGGACGGGAGCCAGUGCCGUGUUAGUUUGUAUCCGUUUCCAAGUUUGGCCAAGCGGUUCGCCGCGAUGAGCAUAGUGAGCACGUGAGAGCGAGCUUGAAGUAAACUGGCUAAAAGCUCGUCAGGAUACAUACCGAGACCCACUGAACGGGAGCACGUGUGUAUAGGGCGAGAGGCGAUCGAUACCAACGGUUUUGUCAACAACAUCCACCACCACGACAGACAGACAGACAGAGUUAUCCCAAAACAGAAGAAAGGACGAAACGUCCUAAGCAAAACAAAGGACCAACAACCUUUCGUGUUUUCGGGGCGGAAGGAUUCGACGCAGUUUCCGCAGUAGGUAGUGUGGGAAGUCACGGAAGAAGAUAUGAGCGGGUAUUACACCAUUGAAGGCUGAUUUAAUCGAGAUAAGGAGGAAGUUCAUUUGCUGAGUUUGACGGAAAGCGUUUGAUUACGGACGAGAGAAACAUGAUUCUGAUCGCUGGAGUUGAUAAUUACCUAAACGUUCCCAUGGAGACCACAACGUUCCUCGGAGCAGCCCUCGGCUUUAUCGCGUUGCUGUUGGUCCUGUUCCUGUACAUCAACCGAAAGUGGUGCUUCGCCACACCCGGAUCGUUUAUCUGCUGCGACGAGAACACCCUGCCGGCCAAAACGGUUCACACAAUUCGGAGCCGCUUUGCCUACGAUGGCAACUCCAGUUCUGACUCGGAGGAGGAAAUACUCCGCCGGUUGAAGUUGCAGCAGUCCUGUAGUCUACACAGCAGUGGCCAGCUGUCACGGUACGGUGCCGGUGCCCUGAGUCCGCUAGAUCCCGAUCUAGCGCCCAGUUUGGGUGGCUUGCAGCACAUUACCAUCGGUUCACCGUUGGAUGAAGGGCAACUGAGUAGGAAGGAGAGCCGUAAGCAUCAUCAUCAUCAUGGCCACGGGCACCAUCAUGGCAGUGGCAACGGUCAUCAUCACCAUCAUCACAGCGGUCGGCACGGAUCGUCGAGAGAUCCUUUGGCGUUGGCUGAACGAGGUAAGAUCGGGAUGCCGCACUCGAGUAGCGAAUGCAGCUCGAAUAGUUCGGUGGAAGCUUCGGUGGAGAGCAAUACGGGUUUGGUAGGUGGCGAGAAGAAAGAUCGACGACUGAUCCUGCAGUCUGCGGGAGGGGGGAUGAAAAGUAGUACCCCAGCGAAGGAGAUGCCUUUGGCGGAUGGUAAGAAGGACCAAGGGAGCAAUGUUGUCGGUUCGAGUACGAGCACAAAAUACAACAGACUACCUUUGCAACAGCAGGAUAGUUUGGAAGAUGUCCCAGAUAUCAACAGCAAUCAGGAUUGCAUCGUAGUCCUCUCGCAGGAACCUCUGUUCGAUACGAGCGAUCUUAAAUCGCUCAAGUCUGACACGGGAACGAUCGGUCCUAGACCGGAGAGUCCUACUUCAACCAGCUGUCCGAACGGUACUCUGGAGGUGUCCCUGCUGUACGACGCACCGAUGCGCAAGAUGACAGUUCAUGUCCUUCAAGCACGAGGUAUCCCAUCUCGACAAAGUGCGAGUAGUGCACCCAGCAAUCCCGCAGAUCCACCCAAUCCCAAGAGCACUCAGCAGACUACCCACACCCAGGUAAGGUUGCUGAUGUUGCCAAGCAAGAAGCAAAAACACAAGACCAAGAUCCGAUCCGGGGAGAAUCCACAGUUCAUGGAGAGCUUCUUGCUGCAUCGGGUCAACCCGGAGGAGGUCAACUCGAUGGGUUUGAGAAUUCGGGUGUACGGGUGCGAGCGAAUGCGACGGGAGCGGCUGAUAGGGGAGUCUAUUGUAAGCUUCGCCAACAUCGAUCUGGAGCUGGAAACGAAUCUUUGGCUACCACUGGAACCGAGAGCGAACUCCGCGAACACCGGUUCUACGAGUGAUCUGUUGAGUUUGGCACGAUCGGACAGUACGGGUUCUACGACGUCUAUGCAGCAUGGAGGUGUUCCAGAAUUGCUUCUGGGACUCGGUUACAACGGAACUACGGGUCGAUUAACGGUUGAGAUCGUGAAGGGCAGUCAAUUCCGCAACCUGGCGUUGAACAAGGUCCCGGAUACGUACGUCAAGCUGUGUCUGGUCAGCAGCAUGGGCCAGGAGAUGGCUCGGGCGAAGACCUCCACGAGACGUGGUCAACCGAAUCCGUUGUUCAAGGAGACGUUUAUCUUUCAGGUGGCCUUAUUCCAGUUGAACGACGUCACACUGAUGGUGUCGGUGUACGCCAAGCGGAACAUGAAACGCAACGAAAUGGUCGGCUGGUUCAGUUUGGGGCUGAACUCGAGCGGUCCGGAGGAGAACGCCCACUGGGGCGACAUGCGGGAGGCGAUGAACCCCCGCUCGGAGUUGGUGACGCGAUGGCACGUGCUGGUGGAUUCCUGAUUUAACUAGCUAGGGCUCUCCCCUCGGCAGAGCACGGUCAUCAGUGAGGAUAUUGCCGAAGUAGCGAUCCCCGGUCGGCGGAUGUCGACGUCGUCCCGCUAUAACCAUCAUCACCGGAGCCGUCGAAGCUCCGGAAGUAUGGCGUCGACGUUGACCAGUCCAGAGGUUCCGCCGGUGGCGUUAUCGUCGCAGCCAGCCGUUACGGUGGCACAGCCGCAGGCGCCCACCACAAUCCCGUGGGAUCGGGACUCGGUGGCCGUCGAUAUCUCAUUGAUGCCAGGGAGUGACCUAGAGUUUGUUUAAAACCAUGCACGAUUGAGACAAGUAUAAGGAAGGAUGAACGAGUGUGGGAGAAGUGCAAAACCGUUACGUUUGUAGAUGUGUCAUGUAUGUAUGAAUGUUUGUCUGUGGUGUGGGGUAAUAGUCGUGACAUUCAGUUUUGCCUGCAAAUUGUCAAGCAGUUUAUCAACCAAUGUGGCACACGUUUUAGUUUCAAUCUUAUAAAUGAAUUUUGAUGUUUCAAUCGUGUCGUAUUUAGGCGUAAGAUUUAUGCACUCAAUCUAAGACGUGUUGGAUGUGGCUAAUAGGUAUGUUUGAUGGAUAAGAAAUCAUAUUUUUCCACAGGAAAAAAAGCAUAGAGGAAGGUAGUACACGAAGCUUUAAUAGUAGAGCAAACCACAAGAAUGGAACAUGCAGGAGGAGAAUACUGUUGUGGGAAGGAUUUUGCGGCUAGAAGUGUCAGACCAAAUGCUGAACUUCGGCUUCUAUCGACUUAAGGUGCUAUUUGACAGAUUCAACGGAAUCAACUUUUUGGGAAACUAGAGAAAGUUUGUCACGCUAGAUCGAAAAGCUAUGUAAUAUUUUUGCCAAGAGGAAAUACUGCCUUUUGGUAUGAUCGGAAAUUUUAAUGCAAGUGUAAAUUAAGUUAUCCUUACAGAUUGUAUCGUUAUUCAUUAUGACAAACUUUUCCAAGUUUCAUAUAAUUUGGAAACUAUUUAUUUUGCAGUGUUUAUUUUUAAUUUCUUAAACAAGGGUUUUAUUUUUAUAUAAGUUGAAGUAUUUAUGAUUCACAUUUUGUUUUCAAUACAAAUACUGUGGUCUGAUUCGGGUCAAGUUUCAAACAUUUGUUACACUGGAACAAUUACACUGUGAAUUCUGUUGUAAUCGAUGGUCGAAUUCAUGAUUCGAUCUUCUUUUUCUUGCACAGUGCACAAAGUGGAGUCCAGAACAUGUCUUAGUUUAAUUUCUCGAUUGAUUAAAGAGUUCAUUUUUAAGUUUGGACAACCCCAGAUUAUACAUACAUAGAUACAUUCUAAAGGAUCCAUUGACCGGUGGAUUCUUCAUUAUACAGAAAUGUUGAACGGGGUCCGUCCCACUCGGGUUUAGAUUGGGACUUUAACAGCUAAAUUAAAAACAAUUAAUUACAAAAUUACUGGUACUUAACGGUUGAAUUGAAUUCAUGGAAGGAAAAGGUAAGAAAAACCUUCAUCAUAGCAAAUAGAAAG